AUGACAGAAGAACUUUCACCAACAACUAGUAGAAUUGAUUUGACAAAGGAAAGGUUUGUUAAAGAUGAUGACGGUAACAAAGUCGACGUUAGUAAACUAACAACUCAAGAAUUGAAGUUAUAUAAAUUAUAUGGGAAGUUGCCAUCGAAGAAGGAUCUACUGAAGCAUAAAAUGCAAGAAAGAAAGUAUUUCGAUAGUGGUGAUUAUGCAUUAAGCAAAGCAGGCGUUGAGAAGUCCAAUGAUGUGAUCCAGCAUUCAAGUAAUAAUUUACCUGUCACCAACCCGUCAGGACUCAGGAAAUCGAUUAUACAAAGACGACUAAGUAAUAGUGCUGGAAGUAUUGAUUCCUCCACCAUAAAUCAAAUUGAAAGACAGGGCAGUAUAUCGAGUGGUCCACCACCAAAAUCUCCAUCCAAAUGA